CUCCAGUAGAGAGACAGGAAAAGAGAUUUGAGUGUUUUGGCUGAGAAUUUACAUAUCCGUGGAAUGGAAAAGCAUCUGUGGUCUGUCGGUAUAAAUCCUCAUGAGGUUUACUAUCGGAGAAGGCAGAUCUACAGAGAAAAGAUGGAUUUACCACAUCAGUGUAAGAAGCUGAGGAUGUGUGUAGCAACAUGCAACAGAGCAGAUUACUCCAAAUUGGCCCCCAUCAUGUUUGGGAUCAAAGCUCAUCCUGAGGACUUCGACUUGGAAGUGGUGGUGCUUGGUUCACAUCUCAUUGACGACUAUGGGAAUACUUUUCGCAUGAUUGAACAGGAUGACUUUGACAUUGACUCCAAGCUCCACACCAUUGUGAGAGGGGAGGAUGAGGCAGCCAUGGUGGAGAGUGUGGGGUUGGCACUGGUCAAGCUCCCGGAUGUCCUACAGAGAUUACGUCCUGAUGUCCUGGUUGUCCAUGGUGACCGCUUUGAUGCUCUGGCUCUGGCAACUGCUGCUGCACUGAUGAACAUCAGAAUACUUCACGUGGAAGGAGGAGAGAUCAGUGGUACUAUUGAUGACUCCAUCCGCCAUGCCAUCAGUAAACUGGCCCACUACCACGUCUGCUGCACACGAAGUGCAGAGCAGCACCUUAUUGCCAUGUGUGAAGACCACUCUCGCAUUUUAUUGGCUGGUUGCCCCUCUUAUGACAAGCUUCUGUCAGCUCACCAGAGAGACGACUACAUGGAUAUCAUCAAAAGCUGGCUGGGUGACAAUGUGCAGGAACAUGAAUAUAUAGUGGCACUGCAGCACCCAGUCACCACUGACAUCAAGAACUCGAUUAAGCUCUAUGGGCUGAUGCUGGAUGCCCUGCUGUCCUUCAGCAAGAGGACUCUCAUCCUUUUCCCAAAUAUUGAUGCUGGAAGUAAGGAGAUGGUGCGUGUGAUGAGAAAGAAAGGAAUAGAGCAGCACCCUAACUUCCGUGCAGUGAAGCACGUUCCCUUUGAUCAGUUCAUCCAGCUGGUUUCCCACGCCGGCUGCAUGAUCGGAAACAGCAGCUGUGGAGUACGAGAGGCUGGCGCAUUUGGCACACCUGUCAUUAACCUUGGAUCAAGACAAACGGGUAGAGAGACGGGUGAGAAUGUUCUUCAUGUGAGAGAUGCUGAUACUCAUAAUAAGAUCUAUCAUGCACUGGAGCUGCAAUUUGGGAAGAGAUACCCCUGCUCUAAAAUUUAUGGUGACGGCAAUGCAGUACCUCGUAUUCUCAAGUUUUUACGCACCAUUGUCCUGGAUGAGCCCCUCCAGAAGACUUUCCGUUUCCCACCCGUGAAAGACUCCAUAUCCCAGGACAUCGAUCAUAUACUGGAGACACAAAGCGCUCUGGCCAUUGACAUGGGAGGGACCAACCUCAGAGUGGCUAUCAUCUCCAUGAGGGGUAAAAUUGUGAAGAAGUAUGCCCAGGGUAAUCCAAAGACAUUUGAUGCCAGGAUGCAGCUCAUUAUACGGAUGUGUAUAGAUGCCAUACGGGAUGCUUUCUACCUCAACUGUAGAAUUCUUGGUGUUGGAGUGUCCACAGGAGGACGUGUAAAUCCUCAAGAAGGUGUGGUCCUACACUCAACAGAACUGAUCAAGGAUUGGUCGUCGGUAGACGUGAGAACACCUAUCUCUGAUGCCCUACACCUGCCUGUUUGGAUUGACAAUGAUGGGAACUGUGCUGCAUUGGCUGAGAAGAAGUUUGGUCAUGGCAAGGGUGUGGAAAAUUUUGUCUGUAUCAUCACAGGAACAGGUAUUGGAGGAGGAAUUAUUCAUCACAAUGAGUUGGUCCAUGGCAGUACGUUCUGCGCUGCAGAGCUGGGCCACAUCAUGGUUUCAUUAGAAGGCCCAGAGUGUACGUGUGGCAGCCGAGGAUGCAUCGAGGCUUACGCAUCUGGCUUGGCCUUGCAGAAAGAGGCCAAAAGAUUGCAUGAUGAGGACUUGCUGAAGGUGGAAGGGAUGGAUAUGAAGAUUGUGGAGCCAAUUACAGCUGCUCAUCUUAUCACCGCUGCCAAAUUUGGAAACUCAAAAGCUGAAGUGGUUCUCAACACAGCCUCCACUGCACUCGGUGUGGGCGUCAUCAACAUCCUUCAUAUUGUCAACCCAUCACUGGUGAUUCUGUCUGGUAUCCUGGCUUCACACUACAAGAACCCGGUGCAGCACAUCAUCUCUGAGCGAGCCCUUUUCUCCACCCAGAACAUCAAGGUUGUCGCAUCGGAUUUGGAGGAACCGGCUCUUCUUGGAGCAGCCAGCAUGGUGUUAGACUAUGCAACCAGGAGGACAUUUUAAUUAAAGGGUUUGCCCUCACCUCUGCUGCUAAACUUAAAAGUGGCACAUGUACUGGAGGAGUGUUGUCAUACAAUGUCAUUGUUUAGUUUAAAACUGACACACACUUGAAAUUAUUGAAGAAUUUAAUGAACGUUUUAAAAACUUGUAUUCACAUAGAGCACGGUACAACGCAGCACAGUGUUGAGAACAUAUUACUGUACACAGUUGCAUACGAGGUCUGUUAGAAAAGUAUCCGACCUUCUUAUUUUUUUCAAAAACUAUAUGGAUUUGAAUCGUGUGCUUGCU